GCCGGCGCGGAGCCGGCAUGGAGCGGGCCGAGGCCUACGGCUUCUCGGGGGCCAUGAGCGGCGCCUUCCUGCUGUCCUGCCUGCUCUUCGCGGCCGUCAGCCGCCGGCAGCGCGGGCCCUACAUGGACGAGGUGUUCCACGUCCCGCAGGCGCAGGCCUAUUGCCACGGCCGCUUCCUGCAGUGGGACCCCAUGAUCACCACGCUGCCCGGCCUGUACCUGCUCUCCGUGGGAGUGGUGAAGCCCGCGGCGUGGCUCCUCGGGUGGACGGGAAGCGUGGUGUGCUCUGUGGGAAUGCUCAGGUUUAUCAAUCUCCUCUUCAGUGCUGGGAACUUCUAUUUACUGUAUUUGCUUCUGUUCAAAAUCCAUCAGAAGAGUAAGGCUGUGUCUGGCUUCCAGAGAAUCUUGUCGGCAUUAACUCUUGCAAUGUUUCCCACCCUCUAUUUUUUUACAUUCCUUUAUUAUACAGAUCCAGGGUCAGUAUUUUUCACUCUUUUUUCCUAUUUAAUGUGCCUUUAUGGUAACCAUAAAACUUCUGCUCUCCUUGGAUUUUGUGGCUUCAUGUUUCGUCAGACGAAUAUUGUGUGGACAGUUUUUUGCGCUGGAAAUGUUGUUGCCAAGAAGCUAAAUGAAGCCUGGAUGAUUGAAUUGCAGAAAAAGAAAGACGAAAAGAUUUCUUCCAGGAAAGGAUCAUUUUCAGAUUUGACCAGAAUGCUUCAGUUUCUUGUUGAAUAUCUCUUGUCACCUAAAAACUUAGUUACACUUACUGCUUUAACUUGGCCUUACAUCUUAUUAGUAUCUAUCUUCUUUGGUUUUGUUUUCAUCAAUGGUGGAAUAGUUGUUGGUGAUAGAAGUAGUCAUGAAGCCUGUUUGCACUUUCCUCAGCUGUUCUAUUUUCUGUCCUUUACUGGUUUUUUUUCAUUCCUUCAUUUAUUGACCCCUACUAAAAUCAGGAAAUUCCUUUUGUCAUUGCGAAAGCACCCUGUGCAGUAUAGCUUAAUCACUGUCAUCUCUUUAUUCCUGAUCUGGAGAUUUACCUAUGUCCAUAAGUAUUUACUAGCAGAUAACAGACAUUAUACAUUUUAUGUCUGGAGAAAAGUGUUCCAAAGACAUGAGCUUGUAAAAUACCUGUUAGUUCCAUUCUAUAUAUUUGCUGGCUGGAGUUUUGCUGAUACAUUAAAAUCAAAAUCAAUAUUCUGGAUCUUAAUGUAUUUUGUAUGUUUAUUAGCAGUCACAGUUCCUCAAAAAUUGCUAGAAUUUCGUUACUUUAUUUUGCCAUUCUUAAUAUAUAGGCUCAACAUUCCAUUUCUGUCUCUGUAUAGACAACUUCUGGAGCUGGCUUUUUUUAUUUUAGUAAAUGCUGUAACUUUUUAUCUUUUUCUAAACAGAACGUUCAAAUGGGAAAAUAGUGAUGAAGUACAGAGGUUUAUGUGGUAAUUUUUUUUGAUACUUUUAUAUCUGUAGUAAAACACAGUUCUGUUUCAGGACUGGACUCUGGAAUGAUACAAUGUUUUGCAUCAUGUAAGGACUGUUUUCCCUAGCUGGAAUUGGGAAGUAAACUCUUUGUUGCAACCAAAUGCAAUAUCUGUUAUGGUGUGAAGAUACUCCAUAUAUUGAAUUUAUGAGAAUUUUAAAAUUCAGUAUGAGGGGAAAUGUAAGGCCACCUUUCUGUAAUUAAUGUAAAAUAAGGGAGAUGUUUACUGUCAUUUUUCAUGGUAAUAAAAUACUAUGUAACAUGCCCUUGAAGGUAUAGUUUAUAAGUAUGUUUCAGAACUUUCUCUUUUACAAAUGAAGAAUUUCAACCUGUUCAACCUUUUUGUUUAUUUAUCUGUACGCAUAUUUAUUCCUUAGGCCAUUUCUUUUUAGUUUUACUAGUGGUCAAAGUAUGAACCACUACACUAAAGUACAAUGUUUUGAAAGCCUCCUACAUCUCACUGAAUUUUCAUUACUUUUUUUGUCAGUAAAUGCUUAUAUUAGUUUUGUAAGCAGAAUGUAGGCUCUUAAAUCAUUAGAGCACUUUGAACACUUUAUUUCAAACUGAUAGUUAGAAAACACAGUGGAUGCUAUGUGUAUGCACCUUCUUUGGAGGAAUGAAUGUUACUGUACAAUAAAACAUAAAUGGCACUUGAUAAUGUGACGUGUUAGAAAGGGAGUAGUUUACAGAUGUCAUACUGCAACAUGCAGUGGAUUGCAGCCCUCUUGAAUAUUUGAGCUUUUAUGUCCUGUGGUUCUGUGCUCACAGGUUUCUGCUGAAAUCGACUCUGAGUGCAUUCCUGAUUUGCACUAAGUGUUUCAAAGAUCUUUAAUGUAAAAUCUUCAAGAAGUAAUAAUGGCAUUAUUGAAGUAUUCUUUUAAGUAUUUUUCAUGUUUAAUGGAACUUGGGUGUGUAUAUUUUGUUUGACAAAGGUAAAAUGCUAUGUAUGUAUGUAUAUAUAUUUAAAAGCAUCUGGUGUGCAUUAUCAUCAGAGUAAAUGAAGGCUGUAAUGGUUCCUGUCAGUAAAUUACUUUAUUAAGUCUCAAAAAUAUUUGAUUGCUAAAGUAUGUGGCAGGGGAGAGCAGUGUCCAAAACUUCAGUACUGUGUAGUUUGGAGCUGUGUCCUGGCUCUAAUUCCCUCCCUGUCCUAGUACUGUGAUGGGUGUGGUGAGCUCAGAUUCUGGUCAACGCCUUUCCAACCCUGUUUCUCCUAAGGAAACCCUCGAGCCACUCUUCAAUGAGUAGGUGUGUUUGUAUUGAAUUUAAGGUAUUUUCCAGGUCCCUUUUUGCUUCUUGGCCUUUUGCCAGCCUGGUAAGUUGUAAGUGUAUACUAUAGGGAAAGUUAUUCAAUCAGUCCCCAUUUGCUUCUUCAAGUUGAAGGGACAAUGAAACCUGAAAUGGAUUGCUUUUGAAGAAUCCACCGUGGUUCUGGCAGAGUCCAGGAUGUUGUGUUGUGAUUUCAGUAUCACGGAUUUGGGAGGGGAAGUCUUGUGUACCUUCUGCUUCCAGUUUGAUUUUUGUAUGCCAUGCCAAUAAAAUCAUAAGAUGAAGGGCAUUUGCCUGCUUAAAUGCAACUUCAUUUGUGCUGUGAAAUACUGAGUUGGUAACAUGGAAAGGCAUGGGGCUCUGUCUAGUAUUCCAAGUUGUAUCUUAGAUCCAAAGUUUUUUUCUGGUUUUAUGUAGGGGAGGAGGUGUUAAUUCCCUUGAGGAAAAAAAUUCCCUUUCAAAGAUCCCUGUGUAAUCUACAGGUGUUUUAUCCAGCAUGUCCAUUUUUACUGUUUCAAAUGCCAUCCAUGAUGAACUCUGGUGAGACUGUUCAUGCUUCCUGUUUUUAACAGAAAUAGCAGCUGUGUUUCAGGUGAAAAGCACCAGUUUAAAUAUGUACAAUUUUAAAGCUUUUUUGUUGUUGUGAAAAGUGAGUGCAGAAAAGUCCACCAAAAUUUAGAGCACAGUACCUUUCUAAUGAGCUCCACCCCAGGAGACACAGGAAAAAUUACACAAAAAGAGAUGUCUGCAGCCUGGUGGGGCUGUUUCACCAGUACUAUGAAAUAGCAUAAUAUUUUAUAAUGGAAUUUAUCACUAUACUUACAGGUUUUAGUUUAAAAGUACAAUUAUGCUUAAUAUGUUUUACUCAUUUGAAAGCAGGCUGAAUUUAUAAAAGUUUAUUUAAAGAGGGAAGUUGAUGAAUUACUAGAGUAUGAGAGAAGACUGUUUAUAGAAUAAAGCUACGUUUUCACUUUUGCCUGUGAGCCUGAGGGUGUUUGCAGGUAAUACUGAAUGUUAGCCAAGUCAGUCCAGAAAUCAGAGGGGGUAUAUUUGUAUCAGAAUUGGUCAUAAGGAAAAGUUUUCAAAUUCCAUCAUAUUUCCUAGAACUUUGACAAAUAGCAGUAACACUUGAAAUUCAUUGAAAAGUGGAUUUUAGUAUUUUGCCACUGAAAUAUUUCCAUUAUAGUUGUUUCUAAUUUAUUAGCCAUUUUCCUUAAAGACAUGCAGAAAGGGCUGUAUGCAUCCUGCUUAUCCUGCCAAGGUCUUCUAAAUUCAAUAGAACAGUAAUGACUUUAGGUUAAAUCUCAGCAGGUGUAAAUGAAAUUUCUUACCACAGCUUUUAAAUGUUAAUUUUUUGUAAAUUUUAUUAGUUAUUAUUUUAGAAUAAAAUCACACUCAUGUCUGGAAGUAUUCAAGGUAAAGCAAAAAAUAGCACAGCUAACAUUUCUAUAAUGGCCACUUUGAAAAAAAGGCUCAGUUUUAAUUUUUCUUAGAAAUAAGAUGAUUUUCAGUAACUGUUGCCAUAAUAAAAAUAGCUGAAGUGACAGCAUGGCUGAAUUGUUUUGAAGUGUGGGGAAAAUACAAACACUUGAAUAUUUUUUUAUUUUUAUUUAAAAAUACGUUGUUAUUUAGCAAGAUGGGAAGUUUGAUAAUCCUUUGUGCUGUGAACUGCAUUUCCUGCUAUUUUUGAGCAUUCUAUAUUUCAUUCCUUUUAACUUUGAUAACAUGUUCUUGUUCAAAAUUAGCAAGAAUUUUAUAGUAUAAGUGAUGCUGAAAUAUUUUUUCUCUGUUAAUUUUGUAGAGGGUUGAUAAAUAAGAUGGAUUACUUCUGUUAGAAAGUAAGGAAAAAGUAUUCUAUAUUGUCUGGGGGCAGUUGAAUUUUGUCCUGUUAAUGCAGCUUUGCUGUUUCCUGUUGUUCACAAGGUGGCAGUCCUGUGCUGUCUUGUUGAGGUGACCAAGUGCUUAGUGCAAUGCUGCUUGAAAUCGUGAUGUUGUUCCAGCAGCACUCUGAUAAUUAGAAAACUUCAAGUUCUCUCAUGGCUGGUUGCUUAUUUUAGUUACUGAUUUAGCUAUAAUAUCCUUGCUAUUUUUAAAUACAUAUAGUAUGUUAAGUUUUACUAGGACAAGUUUUGUUCAUCCUUAAAGUGUCUUUCCGUCAUUUUUUUCUGUUAGUGAAAUUUUCAUGUCUGCUCUAAGACAACAAAAUAACACUUGAAAGAAAUCCUACUGUUGUAAAGAUGUUUUUUUAGCAGAGAUUAGCAGAUAUCCUUUGGGUGUUUCAUUAUUAAAUUUCACAGUAUUCUUACUUU